UAAGAUGGAGUUAUCGUACUACCGAUUUUAAUGAUUUAGAUUGGCGUUCAAUUGAUCUUAAAAAUGGUGGUCCUAUUGAAAAUUUUUAUGCUUCUGGUCACAUUUUAUAUAGUACUAAAUUCUCAAGUAAUUAUUCUUCUAGUAAAGUACAAUUAUCCGUUAAUAUGAGACAUAGAUGUACUAUAUUUGUUAAUGAUCAUUUCGUUGGUGGUCAUACAACUUUUUCAAGGCAACUUUUCUUCCCUGGUUCAAAGAAUGGUCCUGAAUUAUUUAAACAUUUCGGUGAUGAAAAAUAUGAUAUAACUCAAUUUCUUCAUCCAAAUGGUGAUGAAGAAAAAAAUUUUAUUGUAAUCUUGGUAGAAAAUUUGGGUUUAAGUCGACAAUCUGUUAUAUUUAACGAUGUAAAAAAUCCAAGAGGAUUAAUUUCGGCAAAAAUUAAUGGUUUAGUUAAAGAAUCAAAAUUAUCUUGGAAUAUUUCGGGUGUUGAUUUACGUAAAUUAGAUAAUUCUUAUAAUACUACUGGAAUACCUAAUGAACGUAAAAAUUUUGAUUGGAAAGAAAGUGAAAAAGGUAUUUCUGGUCAUGGUGUUUUACCUAACGAUGGAAUAAGAUGGUGGUGUUUUAGAUUUUCUCAUCCUAUAGAAAGUAAAUUUAAAGAUAUAUUAAAUGCUCCUUUAAGAUUAGUCCUUUAUGGUGCAUUUACUUCUUAUAUAUUUUUAAAUGAUACAUUAAUUGGAAGGUAUUAUGGUAAUGGUGAUUGUGCUCAACAUGAUUAUUAUUUAAUGGAUGGUUUAUUAAAAUUUGGCGAUGAUGAAAAUGAAAUUACUAUGAUGGUAUAUUCCUGGGAAACGGUUAAUCCAGAAGAAAUUGUUGUUGAAAUUAGAGGUUGGGAAAUUGAUGAUGUUAAAAAAUCGGGAAAUUUAAUUAAACCUAAAAAGGGUACUGACGAAGAUAUUGAAUUGGAAGUUAAACCUUGGAUU